UUGGGUCUGACUUGAGUGGCCUGUGUAAACGUUGGGGUCCUAUCAGGCCCAGCAGGCGCUAUGAGCUCUUUCGAGGGGCAGAUGGCUGAGUAUCCCACUAUCUCCAUAGAUCGCUUCGACAGGGAGAAUCUAAGGGCGCGCGCCUACUUCCUGUCCCACUGCCACAAGGAUCACAUGAAAGGAUUAAGAGCUCCUGCCUUGAAAAGAAGGUUGGAAUGCAGCUUGAAAGUUUACUUAUACUGUUCACCUGUUACCAAAGAAUUGUUGCUAACCAGUCCAAAGUACAGAUUCUGGGAGAAACGAAUUAUAUCAAUUGAAAUCGAAACUCCUACCCAGAUAUCUUUAAUUGAUGAAGCAUCAGGCGAGAAGGAAGAGAUUGUUGUGACUCUCCUACCAGCCGGCCACUGUCCAGGAUCUGUCAUGUUUCUAUUUCAGGGCAGUAACGGAACUGUCUUGUACACAGGAGACUUCAGGUUGGCCAAAGGAGAAGCUGCCAGAAUGGAGCUGCUACACUCUGGGGGCAGAGUGAAGGACAUCCAAAGUGUAUACUUAGACACCACUUUCUGUGAUCCAAGGUUUUAUCAAAUCCCAAGUCGGGGCGAGUGUCUGAGUGGAAUAACUGAGCUGGUGCGGAGCUGGAUUACGCGGAGCCCCUACCACGUUGUUUGGCUCAAUUGCAAAGCCGCCUAUGGCUACGAGUAUCUAUUCGCCAACCUCAGUGAAGAAUUUGGAGUCCAGGUUCAUGUAGAUAAACUAGACAUGUUCAGGAACAUGCCCGACAUUCUUCAUCAUCUCACAACAGACCGGGGCACCCAGAUCCAUGCAUGCCGACACCCAAAGGCUGAGGAAUACUUCCAGUGGAACAAAUUGCCCUGUGGAUCAACAUCUCGAAAUGGGACCCCACUGCACUCAAUUAGCAUUAAACCAUCCACCAUGUGGUUUGGAGAAAGAACCAGAAAAACCAAUAUAAUUGUGAGGACUGGAGAGAGUUCAUACAGAGCUUGCUUUUCUUUUCAUUCUUCCUACAGUGAGAUUAAAGACUUCUUGAGCUACAUCUGUCCUGUGAAUGCAUAUCCAAAUGUCAUCCCAAUGGGCACAACUAUUGAUAAAGUCAGAGAAAUUUUAAAGCCUUUAUGCCGAUCUCUCCAAAACACCGAACCAAAGUACAAACCACUUGGAAAAUUGAAGAGAGCUAAAAUUACCUACCAAGACUCAGAGGAGGAGGAUGACCUCUUUGAUGAUCCCCUGCCACCACCUUUAAGGUAUAAGGUUUCAAAACUGCAGACUUCACACCCUGAUACAGUUCCAAAGACUAUAGGAUUCUCAAGCCAGCCUGAAAGUCCGAGACGAGAAGGCUUCAAAGCUGAAAGGAUGCAGAGCUCUCUUUGGGCAAAUUUUAUAGACUGUGAAGAAUCUAACAGUGAAAGUGAGGAUGAAUUACAAAUCUCACCUUUAUCUGAAAGAGAUCUGGGUCACCAGCAGAAGACUGAAAUGGAAAUACCACAGUGGGAAGUGUUCUUUAAAAGAAAAGCUGCAGAUGAUGGUUUAGGAAAUGGUCCUUCAUCCACAGAAGCAGAGGGCUCUCAGUCACCAAAGCUUUUUAGUGAUUCAGAUGGGGAGUCAACUCACAUCUCUUCUCAAAAUUCUUCUCAAUCAACACACAUUUCAGAACAGGGGAGUCAAGGCUGGGACAGCCAAUCUGAUACUGUUUUAUUAUCUUCCCAGGAGAGAAACAGGCCAAAAAUCAAAGAGUAUAUUCCUGCCUCAGAGACAAAAGAAAAUGUUCCUUGCCCAGAGGAUACUUACACUGCUUUAAAAUGCAGAGAUCAAUAUUUAAAUAUAGCUCCUAGUAUUGGAGAGCCAACUACUUUAAGCAGUAGAAAAAAUAUACCUCAGGAUAAAAUGGUGCUAAACACUAGCUCCAGUGCAGAUUCGUAGAGCUCUUCUGAUUUUGAAAUUCCCUCAACUCCUGAAGCUAGCAUCAGGUAAGAGCAUAGUAGUUGAAAAAAGGAAAAGGUCAUACAUAGAUAUUUAAGACUCAAAAGCACUCUACUUUAGAGCAACCACUUAAAAAAAAAAACUUAAUAAGCAAAAUCAAAAUUGUUCACCAAAAAUGUUUAUACUAUUUAAAAAUGCAACAAUAAAGCAGAAACAAGUUACAGAACUAUAUUGAUAUAAUUAUCAAUAACUAGAUCACAUAACUGGAUUAUUUUUCCCCUAGUUUUGUACUAAGUUAAAAGGAGUGAAAAAACCUGCAGUGCCUUCCUUCAUACCAAAUGCUCUAAUAAUUCCAGUUCACCAAGAAGACAUGGCCCAAAUUCAGGGAGUACUUACUGUACAAUAUACAGAUCACAAGAACAGAACAUAAAAACAACUGGAUUUCACGUUUAGAACACUCACCAAGGCCAUAUCCUGGAUCAAAGCAUUUCAUACUGAAAUAAUAAACUAUUAUUGUAAACUUA